GUACAGCGCAGCUCCAUGUUUGGUCUUCUACUCCUCCACUGAGCUCCUGCAAGUUGCCUCUCAGUGUUUUUUUCUCUCUCUCUCCUCCUCCGGCGAAGAAUUUCUCAGGCGAUGCGGUUUGCUUCCACUUUACCCCAUGCCAAUUUCUGACUUCAUUCUUUCAUCCUUUUAAUACAGAAGUCUCAUGGAAGAAAACUGGUUGAUGUCGCUUUUCUGAGCAUUCAAUAGCAGUGUGAAUGUAAAAUGGAUGAUGGCAGCCAACGUGAAAAUGGGAGACAUAAGCAAGAUUAUUACAAAGGAGCACACACUCUGUGGAAUAUGACGCCACAACACCAGGUAAAGGAACAAAAUGCUUUGACCAUGAAUAAGAAGUUCAUGGCAAUCAUUGCUGAGAGGGAUGCUGCUAUUCAAGAACGGAAUAUGGCCUUAUCUGAAAAAAAGGCAGCCUUAGCUGAGCGAGAUGUGGCAAUCUUGCAGCGGGAUGCAGCAAUUGCAGAGCGGGAUACCGCUAUAAUGGAACGAGAUAAUGCCAUUGCUUCCCUACAAUACCGCGAUAAUGCCAUCAGUCUAGGAAUUCAACGCGGAUCAAAGCGCAUGCACCACCCCUCAAACCGCUCAUCCAAUGUGGCCGAUGCUCCUUUUGGUUCAAGGGAUGUCCAGAUAACCAAUGCCUUCCCCAUAUCAGUCAUUGCUUCAGAAGCUGUCAAGUCACAUCCAAAACGAACAAAGGAAAACAAGGCUAUUUCAUCGAAGGCAUCAAAACUAACUCAUAAAGGAAAGAGAGUAGGCGAGGACUUGAACCGGCAGGUUACUUCUAUCGGGACAAAGAUGAAGAAUGAGUGGGAUCAUGAUCUAGGGUUGAACCAGGUCACAUUUGAUGAGUCCACUAUGCCAAUUCCCGUUUGCUCGUGCACAGGAGUGUUCAGGCAGUGCUACAAGUGGGGCAAUGGUGGGUGGCAGUCUUCUUGUUGCACCACCACCUUGUCGUUAUAUCCACUGCCACCAAUGCCUAAUAAGCGUCAUGCACGGAUGGGUGGCCGGAAGAUGAGUGGAACUGUUUUUACGAGAUUGCUUAGUAAGCUUGCAUCCGAAGGCCAAGAUCUAUCUGUGCCGCUAGAUCUCAAGGACCACUGGGCCAGACACGGGACAAAUCGCUACAUCACCAUCAAGUAACUUGCUGAUGUUGUAUGAGGUAAUGUAGUUUUUUCUCUUUUUUGAUCCUAAAUCUGUCCAUUCUGGUUGUUUAGCUGAAUUAGAUUAGAGAAUCCAUUGGAGCUUGUCCAAUGGAUUGGUUGUUUUGCAUGAUCAGUGUCAUGAAAUUAAGGCAUCAUCUGUUCCCAUAGGGAGGGAAAUUUUUUGUGGGCUGUCGGAGUUUAUAUGCAGUUGCAGCAUAGGAUCCCCAUGUUCUGUAGUGUUUUUGAACCUUUUUGGUUUGGCAAGCCCUGCGGUACAAAUGAUAUCCUUCAUUGCAAAAAUCAGUCUCGUGCUUCUUGUUUCUUGAGGACGCAAUGGUACCAGUUCUGUUGUGUUUGCUUCCAUGGCCAUAGCUUAGCUGAUUGAACACCUUACCCUAACCUUGAAAAAGCAUAGGGCAAGCAAGACAACUUAAUGCGAUAAAAUUCUUCUUUCUGGAAGUAAAAUAUGGACAGUUUAGGUUAGCUGAUUGAACACCUUAACCUUGAAAAGUCAUAGGACAAGCAAGACCAGUUCUGCAAUAAAAUUGUUCUUUUCCCUAGAAACAGGGUAGGAAAACAUAUUGGAUUUCCUCCUCCAAAUAUUUGCUGCAUCUGUUACUUAUUUCAUGAUGCUCAGGACUUGCAUCCUUUAAAUUAUGCUACAAUGGAGCGUUUGGGGUCAUUGGCUUACCAAAAUUUUCUUUAAAUGCUCUAAGGAAUAAACAUGGGUAUAAAGCUGUGAUCUCACAAACUGGGUCGACGGUAUGUAAAUUUGUGCAGAAUAUGCUGUAAUAAAUUAUGAAAAUGUUUUGCUCA